AGGUAAUUGAAACCAACCUUAAGAUUUUCUUAUCUCCGCCCUAAAGGUAGCCCCGAUUAUUGCUGACUUAAGCAUCGGAGUGUCUACCCCAAGUUCCACCUCGGAGCUUUGCAGAAAGCAUGAGUGAAGGGAUGGCGAAGACCAUCAUGAUCAGGUUCGAGCCGGGAAGGGUUUUGAUUUACACUGAGUUAGCAAACAAGUUUGCCGUGUUCGAUUGGUGGUUCACGUCAGUUCCCGAACCUAUUCUUUGCCCACUCGGCCACGUCGUUUAAAGCCAUGGGCAACGUGAGAAAAGACCUUAUUCAUGGAUUCCCCCAAAAAAUGAUCUUUGAUUCCUUCAAAGAAAACGGAGAUCUAGGUUUGAGAAAACCCAAAUCUGGGUACUCUCAACCCAGUUUCAACACCAGUUGUGCCUUCCUUUUGGCUCUCUCUAUGCACUCGCUCUUAACACAAUGGCAUCCAAGGUGGGAACAAAAUGAAGAAUCAAGCUCAUAGUUGGAGUACCUGGGGCUUCUCGACGAAAACAAACUCCUCGGUCUCAAGCUUGGUGGCCUCAACAACUAGCACUGGCGACAUAACGAGAGUUUGGGAAUAAUAAGGUUUAGAGGUUGAG